GAAUAGUGAUCUGUUAUAUUUGUUUCUAGAGUUAAUGUCAAUUAUGACUUUUAUUUUUGAUAAAAAUGUGAUCCAAACAAAUUAAUAGCUGAAACAUAACCAAAUUCACUCAUUGUAUCAAGGUAUAUUUCCUAGUCCUGGAUAUAGCCAGUUUAUUUUGGCGGAAAAACUUAUGGGAGAAUUGGCCAAAAGGGGACAUGCAGUGUCUGUAAUAAGCGAAUAUGAACCAAAAGAGGAAAUUAAAAACUAUGAGACAAUCAGAUUGACAAAGUCUGUUCCAUACGAUGGGCAUUACGAUUUAAUACAUUGGCCAGAACAAAAUUUAUUUGUCUUGAAUAAAUACAUGCUAGAUACGGGCGUCGUAUAUGCAGAAGCCAUAUUACAACAAAAAAUUAUUCAAGAAUUGAUCAAUUCCAAUCGCACAUUCGAUUUGGUCAUUGUAGAAAGUUUUUUCAACGAAGCUCAUACGGCGUUUGCCGAACAUUUCAAAGCUCCUCUAAUUUGUUUUACUUCGCAGCCUUUGAUGGAGUGGAAUUAUCACUUAGUGGGAAAUGUUAAAUUACCUUCUAUGAGUCCUCUUUUUGCAACGCCGUUUGAAAAGCAUAUGACCUUUUUUGAAAGACUGCAGAACUCUUUAUUAAGUAUUCAUGAUUGUGUCUACAAAGAAUUGAGAUAUUAUCCAGAUCAACAAGCUCUUGUGGACAAAUAUUUUCCCAAUAAAAUAGAUCUUAAAAAAGUAUAUACAAAUACCGAAAUGCUGUUACUCUUUUCACAUCCUUUAACAACAGGACCUUCUUUAACGACAAGUGCUGUAGUAGAAGUGGGAGGUUUUCAAAUUGUUUCUAAAAAGCUCCCCAACGACAUACAAAAUAUCUUAGAUGGUGCCACAAAUGGUAGUAUACUUGUCAGUUUGGGAACAAAUGUAGAAUGCAGGACUUUGUCAAAGGAGAAACUCAGUAUGUUUUUGAACACUUUCCGAAAAUUUCCCCAAAGAUUUUUGUGGAAGUGUCCAAUUGAAAUACCUAAUAAACCCGAUAAUGUAUAUUUGUUUAAAUGGUUGCCACAAACAGAUAUUCUUGCUCAUAACAACACAAUCGCAUUUGUUACACACAGCGGUUUAUUAAGUACAACCGAAGCAAUUCAUUAUGGAGUACCGAUGAUUUCAAUUCCUGUUUUUGGAGAUCAACUCAUAAACUCAUUGAGAGUAAAGAGGAGCGGCAUCGCCGAACGGCUGCCUUUCUUAGAUUUAACCGAAAAUGGCUUAUAUGAAGCAAUAAGGAAGGUCACCACCAAUCCGAAAUACACAGAACAGAUGGAAAGAGUUUCAAAAAUGUUUAGAGACCAACCAUCUACGCCGUUAGAUCGGGCAAUGCAUACUGUCGAAUAUGUCCUUAAAUAUAAGCCAGGAUCAUUGAUAAGAAGCCCCGCUUCAGACUUAUGGUGGUUCCAAAUAUAUAUUCUUGACGUUUUAUUAUUUACUUUUGUAUCCAUUGUCUUGUUCUCUCUAUUUAUAUUAUUAGCUUUAAGAAAAUUGAUUUUCAGCUUGAAACAAAAUAAAAGAAAAAUUGAUUAA